UUCUUAAAAAUAAUCUUUCACAUAAGUUAAUAAUAAAAAUGAAAAAGACAAAUAAAACAAUCAUCUAUUCUUUUUCCUCGAAUCAAAAGUUUGUGCUUUGUUCUAAUUUGGCCUUAUUAUACCAUUAACCAUCGUUUUGAUUCACACUUUUAGCACUUGCUCGUAGUUACUACUUACCAUAACUGUGACAUUCAUGCAAAACUAUGCAGAAGAAUAAUCAUUUUACUCUCUUGAGUUUCGAUCAUGGCCAAGCAUGGCUCACUUUGUUGCUUGUUAUUAGUCUCAUACAAAUCUCGCCGCCGGUAACCGGUCAACCGAUGGGACCGGAAGAUCCAACGGAGAACAACAAAUCAGUUGCAACCAUUAUGGGAAUUGUAGCCCUAAUGUUCCUUUUCUCAGGUUUCCUUUCUCUCUACUCAGCCAAAUGCAGUGAUCGUCAACACGGUGUUAUUUACGACCUCACUCUACCUAACGCUGCAAACGUUGUUAGGGCACAAAACAACGUGCCAAGUAAUGGUUUAAACCAAGAUGUCAUCGACACUUUUCCGACUUUUCGUUACUCCAACGUGAAGGGACUCAAGAUUGGGAAGAGCACUUUGGCUUGUGCUGUUUGUUUGAACGAGUUUCAAGAUGAUGAGACGUUGCGUUUGAUUCCUAAAUGUAGCCAUGUUUAUCACCAUGGUUGUAUAGAUAUUUGGCUUGUUUCUCAUAAUACUUGUCCGGUUUGUCGUGCUAACCUUGUUCCGGUAACCGACGAGGACGCUACCGAGUCUCCGAUUGUAUCCAUUCAGAUACCAGAAGGAGAAUUACAUCAUAAUGAAGAAGAUCAAGAAGUAGAGCCUGUUGAAGAGGAACAAAUAGGAGACACAAUUGAAGUGGUAUAUUCACCUAAGAUAGAUUUACUUCGUAGGUCUAAGACAUACUCUGCACCAAUACGGUCGAGAUCGACAGGAUUCUUAUCUUCUCUUUGGUUAUCACGGUCAAACUCGACAGGUGUGUUGGUGCAGCCAGGUGAGGAUUGUGAGAGAUUUACAUUGAGGUUACCGGAUGAAGUUCGAAAUCAGAUGAUGAUGAACACGACCACGCUUAAGCGUGCGAAAAGCUGUGUGAGUUUUACGCGAAUGAGCAGUGGAAAGUGUGGUUAUAGGUCAAGAAGUUUCGGGUGUGGAAGUGGGAAUGGUCAUGUGCAGUAUGAAAGGUUUGGAAGUGAGGAAGAAGAAAAUUUAGGGUUUGUUAGGAACAAUUGGAGUAAUAAAUCUGCAAGAAAAUCUCAUAUGAAGUGUUUGGGCAUUGAUAUGGACAAUAAUGGUGGUGAGAGAUCAUAUGAUCUUUUAUGUCAUGUGUAGUUAGUUAGUUGCAAGAGAAGGUUGGAAUAGUUCUAAUCAAUUCAAUAAAAAAUUUGAUUGUAUAAAAAGAGUGGAUCAUUGGUUAGAUCAUGAGUUUUUAUGUCAUUUUAUUAGCUCUAGAGAGUUAUUUGAUUAUCCUUUUGUAUUAUACUCAGUUUUUCAAUAUUAUGCUUUGUAUUAUAACAUGGUGGUAAGACUAAGAGUAUGACUAUUUGGAAGGUUUAUUUUUUGAAAUCAGUAUGCUUUUUCUUUGUGUUUGUGGUUGGUAAUACGAUAGUGAUUUAGAGGGCCUUUCAAUAUGACACAAGUAGUACUCUUGGCUCACAUGAAGGGUUUUGUAGCACAGUAACCUAUACAACAACAACGUCUUGAUUCAGAGGAUGGUUUUGCAGCACAACACCCUCUACAGCAACAACAUCUUCAUUAUCAGCAUUGUUGGUAGCUUGAGCAUGAGAACUCAUUUUGAUUCCUUUGGAUGAAGUUGUUUUUGUGUUAUGGUUAUUCUAAUUUUAUAUUGUUCCUUCUGAUUCUUCAUCUUCUUCUCUUGAAAGUUUAAAAACCAAAAGAUGCACGCAUAGUUUGCUCAUUAUUGGUUCUUUAAUUCUAUACACUUUCUCUUCUCUUGGAAGUUGGAAAGAUCAUUUUCCUACCUCGAGCUGUACAAAU